GUUCUUUCUUUUGGCCCCGACUCUCCACUCCCUCUCUUUCUUUCUCGUGCGCUAGUUCCAACGCUCCCUCCCUGCCAGCAACCCAACCAACAUCUCCGAUCUCAUGAAUCAUGGGCUUCCUUAGUCGUCUGCGCAAACGAUCCAAGAGCCUCGGCCGUGCGGGGAAGAGCAACGCCGUCAGCUACGACCAUCUCCGCACUCACGAUCCCCUUCCUCGCAUGCCCGUCAACAUCACCGGCGGCGAUCACACCAAGAAACUCCCGCCUCAGGUCCUCGCUCGCAUUUUGAUCCACGUCUGCCCCCAUGCCAACGAUGGCUCCUACGAAACCUCCGAGGAAUCCAUGACCGAGGAUGGCUGCAUGCUGUGUGAUAUGCGCGACCUGGCCCACUGCGCCGUCGUGUGCAAGCGCUGGUUUCUAGAGGCGCGCCGACUGCUAUAUGCUCACGUCCGCAUCGAUCCCGUCCACUACUGCGAACUCGAGCUGGAACUGGCCGCCAAGCGAAAACGCCGCUCGUUCUUCGAUCGCAACGCCGACCCCAUCGACGCCCCCCAGGUCCGCCUCUCGCUCUUCAUGCAGACCGUGCGACAGUCCCAAGGUCUGGGGAACCUGGUGCUCUCCCUGCGCAUGCCCUACAUGACCCGCGAGGCCAACAAGGCCGAGAUCGCCCGCACCAUCUCCGUGCUGCCCAACCUGCGCUACGUCGACCUGCCCGCCGGCAUCUACAGCGACGACCCGUCGUGUCUCGCCCUGAAACAAGAACUCAUGGCCCGCUGCCCGGACAUCCGGCGCAUGGCCUACCGCCACGGCGCCGAGGGCAGCUUCGCCCAGCUCUCGGGCGCCCCGCCGUGGGGGAACCUGGAGAUCCUGGAGCUGCAGCGCCUGCACGUCGAGCCGAACAUCCUGCGGUUCGGACUCGGGUCGUUCCCGCAGCUGCGCGACCUGACGCUGGACGACCUCUCGUGGCUCGACGACGCCUGCUUCGCGCCGUCGCAGGCCCUGCCGCCCUUCCCGGCGGUCGAGCGCCUGACCAUCCGCGACUGCCCCGGCGUGACGGCCGGCGGCAUCGUCGCGUACCUGUCGAUCCCCGUGCACCGCCGGGCGCUGCGGUACCUGACGCUGUCGAACACGGGGGUGGCGCCGUCGACGCUGCACCAGAUCCUGGCGGCGGCGCCGGACCUCGUGGCGCUGUCGGUGGCCCAGUCCGUGACGCGGUCGUUCCCGGCCGAGCAGAUCCCGCCCAUGGCGUCGCGCACGCUCGACACGCUGCACUUCGAGGUCACCUCGGAGGCGGGCCAGUACGGCAUGCCGCCCGUGGCGUCCUCCUACUACUCCUACCUGGUGUCGAGCCUCAUGUCCAACGCGCUGCCGGCCCUGCGCGAGCUCUACGUGCGCGACUCCAACUUCCCCGAGACGCUGCUGCUGGCGCCGCCGCCGCGGCUGUUCGGCGGCGGCGAGAGCGGUCCGCAGCUGGGCGCCGGCGUGCUGACGCAGCCGCUGAACGUCUACAGCAAGGGCCUGGACGAGCUGGAGUGGAACUUCACGCCGUACGAGCCGCCGGCCACCCGGGGACGACGCGACAGCACGACGCGCCCGGUCAGUCUGCACGACGCGCAGCUGAGCCGGACGUGGGGAGGCGAUGCGCGGCGCAGCGUGCUGGUCGGGAACGGAUUCGGAGGCUUCCUGGCGGUGCCGGCGGACGAGCGGCCGCAGAGCAGCGGCGGAUGGAGCAAGCGAGAUAGUCGACAGGAUCUAUGGCGGUAGAUAGUGUGGUGGAGUGGAGUGGGUUGGCAUAAUGAUAUACCCUGGAGCUUAGCCUGCUAGAUGAUUGUAUAGCAUUUGAUUGCCUUUUUCA